UUCAAUAUCUCUUCGUAUUACGUUGGCCGACUCUCUACCUAAACCAAUGAAUUUCGACAACUGUAAUCACACAAUCAAACGAGUGACCGUCGGGAAGGAACGCCUUCCUCGCGAAGCAUACACGCAACCUCACGCCGCACAGUAACGAGCAGCAACCGAUACCCGGACCAACGUCCAUUUCACAGCAACAAGGUAAGCUCGUUCAAUUUGUGAAAAACCCACCAUGGCCCACGUUGAACGAAUCAGUACGUUACGGUGGAGGCGAGGCUUCCUAGUCGGCCGAUUUACGAUCACGGCGCGUCAACUCGACGAAUAUGAAAAGUCCGGCCAGUCAAACAGAAACCUCUUAAUGACUUGCCGCGAAACGAUCGACGAGACAUGAAGCAAGAUAAAUUCUGUCCAAGAAGAAUUGGAAGACCUAGACGAGUGAGAAAACGUGCAUGUAGAAUCUCUGGUACACGAAUAUCACACCAUUAAAUCACGAUUAAUGAACCUCAUUGACAGCCUACAAUCAUCAACCCCGUCGAUACCCAAGGGCAACAGCAACACGUCUAACCAUUUCCAGGGACGUAAGAAUAAUUUCAAUAAUAACAGUACCAAGGAUUAUACUCCGCCGACGGAAAAUAUCGCAUCGAAUCUAGCACCGAUAUCGUCGCAUGACACGCGGAGCUUAUCGCAUGACACUCGCAACGUGUCACCUACACGUGACCUGACGACAACCACGUUCGCAUCGUCAGCAUCGCAACAAUCUGAUUCAACGUCACGAAACGCCUUGAAUCAGCCAACCGCUCACGAUCAUCUGGACCGGAAGGAAGAGAAAACCUUACCAGGCGACAAGCCGUCGCAGACAUUAAUCUCUCCGAAUCCGUUACAGGAUGUGCGAUGCCCUGUAACUGUAAUUCAUAACGAAGAGAGUAACGGGUUAAAUCCUGUCAAUGACACCGAGAUCAAUUCAGAGUCGAAACCUGCGGCAGACUCUCCGGAAUCCACGAUGAUCGAAUUAUCCAGGAACAGGUUUUCCUUGAUCAACAAUUCGACGGUUAAUAACCUGUCCUGCAUCACGUCACCUGCAACACCUGACAUAAAUAUCGUAUCGGAAGCUCAUUCUCCGGGACAUAACGUGAAGACUCCUCCUUGGUUCCAACAACGUCGGGACAUUCUUCAGUGUCCAAACUAUCACACUACGAUGAACCUCGGAACCCUUCAGAGCAACCAAACCAGUCCACCUGGCCUCCCACCGAUGAACUAGCCAGGAAGGACGCAUCAGCGCAUUUCUUGCACAGUCCCAGCAUCGGGACACAUCUCAGAAGGAAACUAAGUAUAAUGUUGAUCAACUUAGAGCUCAACUGCCCUCUGAAAUCAAGAUCUAAGCAUAAUAGUCCGGGUUACGCGGAAUCAGCGGACGCUAUCGUGCACAAUGCAGCGAUAUCAAAAGGACAACUUCGGAACGAUACAGAACCGGUUAAACAUCGACACAAUGACGCAGGAUGGCUACAUACGCCUGCAGCUGUAAAUCCUAAUCCACUGUAUCCAAUCGAGUGGAAGGAAUCGGACCAAACGGAAGGUAAGACGUCUCCGAUUUUGUCUUUUGCGGAUAGUUGGGCCAAGCCGGUACAACCACCAAGCAUCAUCAAGAAGGCGCGAUACGGAUGGGUCAGCGUGGGGAGCCUUAUCCCCCAAUCAACCGUAGACCUCCUUCACGUCUCCACAACGCAUCUACAUACGGAUUUCACUUGCCUUUGUGAAAUCGGUGUGAUGUAUAACGACACCUCCUGGGCCGAGGUGUUCCACGAUACUUCAUGGGCCGAGCUGUUUCACGACGCUUCCUGGUUCGUGAACUUCAACGGCAAAUUUCUUGGCAAUACCGAGGACCACGGCGAUCCAGACUACAAGGUAGACAACGUACCCUCAACGCAACGGUCCUUUGGCCGUAUCAUCGAAUUUACCCUGGCGACGACGGCAUCAUUCAGAUAGCCACAGUUAAUACGGCAACGAGCAUCUUGGAUCGAGGUGCCACGCGGCUCGUCCCACUAUCGAGCCAACCCGAUCCAGCACAAUAAGGAUAGCCAGCAAUCGACAAGGAGUUGGAUAGCAGAUCCAAUUAAUUUCACUGUUACAGGACUUUUGAUCCUCUCAACGGGGGGAGGAUGUUACGUCGGACGACUCUUUACGUAAACCAGGCCACACACCGCGGGCAAGAUGGCAGCCAAAUGUUUACACAUCCUUACUGCGUACUCUCAAUAGUCUUAAGAACCCACCAUAUAUCUUGUCAUUUUCAUAGUUAAGGUCCUUCAAACCAAACAAGCAUCUUUUAUUCCAAGCGUUCGUUACAUUUAUUGUCUACUACGGUAAUAUACGGGAAAGUUGGUUUUUCUCACGUUCGGUACCUUCCGUCAGUAACUUUCUCUUGAGGGCGGCUAAGACCCUUCCUAGUCCACCAACCUUCUUAUUAUCCAAUCAGAAGCAAUAUCUACUGCCCUCACUUUCCUAACCAAAAUUGUCAUCAACAAAUCCGGUGGUCCUGCACGCUAGACACACCCAUCACUAGCUUUCCUCCGCCACAGUGUGACAUCAAUCGCAUCUUAGUCCCCAUCAGAGAAAAGACAUCGACCCCCGACUGUCGGACGCCAAGGCCGCGACGCAUUUUACUCCCCAUCCGAGAUAGGAUCUCGACCCUGACCUUCGGACUCCUUUUGGAACCCACACCGAACCCUUCAACAUCCUCAAGCCAGGGCGUAUAUAAGCCGAGACUUCACCCAGCUCGGGCAGUCCUUGUUCUUGUUUUAGUCGCUGUUCUCGUACAACCCCUUUUCUCCGGUUCACUGUUAUUCGAUUGUAAAUGUCAAAAUUAUAAUAAAGUUCGAUAAAAGAAAAUUAAUAGUUGGGUUACGACUCAGCUUUCUUACAAACCAAGUAUCAAUUCUACGUGACAACAGUAUCGUCACCAAAGUUCACUUAUUCUUCAUCGUUAGAAUAGUCAACAUAUCUUUACCGGUUUCUACCCUUAGAUCAAUCACUUACUUAACUUGUACAUAUGCACCAGUGUAACUAUAUACUUUACAAAAUUGUUGGGAUAAACAUUAAUUUAUACCUGUGUAUACUCAAUUGAACCACCCUUAUUAUCCUAACAGAAAUAAGGGGAUCGAUCAGUUCGUGGCGUCGAUUAUCUAAUUGUAACGGGAAUUUACAACUCCCAUUGACGUGCAGUCUCGCGAUCGCGUCUGUCCGCGAAUGGUCGAUUAAACAAAUUUAUUAAUUAAAUUAUUGUAGAAACGGGAAGUAAUUUAGUUAUUGUCACUUGUCUUAUUCAGACGGCAUUAUUUAUUUCCGUUUAGCAAAUAACGUUAAAUUAGAACUUGUAGCUUCCUUCAUUUUAUCUAUCAGCCGAUAUAAUAUCAAAGAGUGAGGUAAUCGUUGGAGAGAUAACAGAAGAUAGUAGUGCAGUAUAUAAGCAAUAUAAUUUUAUUUAUUGUUAGUAAUCUGUAAAGUAAAUCUGGUCGAUGAAAAGAAGAAAGAAAUUAUAGAGUGCCCUGGAUGGAAUCCUCUAUGAUGAAGCUGUCGAUCGCCCUCUCGAUAGUGUUAAUUUUCUCGCCGCUGAUUGUAGUUGGAAAUAUUAUUGCGAUCGACUACGAAACGGUCGUGAAUGAGAUCUGCGAAAACGAAACUUUAACAUUACACUUCAGUAGUUCUACAGAUUUUAAUGAAAACAGUAUUGUUUCUCCUACUCUAAAAUGUAUCGCCAUAAAAGGUUACGUUCCUACAUUCAAGAAUGGAGUUUUCAAAAACGUGCCAAAUUUGAAACUCCUUGACCUCAGUAAUAAUCAGAUCUCUUCGGAUGAUUUAUUCAGUUUUGGUAAUCUUUCAAACGUGAAAAUACUAAAUCUCUGUAAUCAAAAUGGUUACCGAAAUUAUAGAACAAUAGUGGACAGCGUGUAUCCUGAACUUGUAUAUUUGAAUUUAAGAAAUGCUGGAAUAGAAGAGUUAAAAUCGUCAUUGGAUAAUCCAUUUCCAAAACUGGAAUAUUUGGACCUAUCACAGAAUCGAAUCGAUUCCAGACAGUCUUUGUCGAUAAAUAUGCUCCCCACAUUAACGCACCUUGAUCUGAGUAGUAACAAUAUUGGCCAAUUUUCAUUUACUCGAAUGGAAAAUCUGUUGUCGUUAACGUUAGAUCAUAACGCAAUUCAGAAUCUUGAGUCAUCUAUGGGUAUUGAUCUGACGGGGCUGGAAAAGCUGGAGAAUCUGUCGCUAGCGUACAAUAAGAUCUCGUACAUUGAUAGUAGUGCAAUUGAAACAAUGCCCAACCUUCGGUAUUUGAACUUUUCUGGCAAUUCUUUAUCGCUUUUUAAUUUCGAUGUGCUUAAAUCAGUGAAAUCUUUAGACAUUCUUGUACUAGAUAGUAAUUCGUUGGAUAAUGUUCCCAUAACAGAGCCUCUAAACAUAACUCAACUCUCGUUAAAUCGUAACAAUAUACGUUAUUUAACGAUUAACACCUUUUCCUAUCUGCACAGCUUAAAAAAGCUAUUUCUAAGCGAGAAUAAAAUCCAGAGCAUCCAGGCGGACGCGUUUCAGAAUCAAGUGCUGUUAGAAGAGCUAUAUCUGAAUGACAACCAAUUAAGUUAUUUACCAAUAGGUUGGUGUGAAUCUAUGAAAAUGUUGCGAUAUCUAAAUUUGGCGGGGAAUAAAUUCGCUUUGUUGGAAUCAGUGAUUUACUCCUCCGAUUUGCCCGUGCAACACUUACACUUUGAACGCAACCCUCUUACGUACAUUAAUGGUAGUUUAUCUCGACUGAUACCAGUAAAUAUGACGAUUUAUUUAAACGUUAAUGUAUCAUCUCGGAGUAUGUCAUAUGUACGUGCAAGUGCAGGACCAUUUGACAUAUAGCAGUGCUAGAUAGAGUGGAGUGUUGAGGUAUAGACAUCUACUACAGAACCAUGUAUUGAAUGAUUUGUAAUCUAAGAAGUUGUGAUUAUUAAACGCCUCAGGUUUUACUGUAUAAAUAAACAUAUUGUAAUUGCUUAAUAAAAAGGCUCAUUGUAUAUUGCUCUUUA